CAAAUGCAAAUUGCAGCUUCUUUUGGUUGUUCAUAUUGGCAUCUGUCACUCUAACAAAGUAACUAAACACUAAGAACUAGGAACUCACACAUUAUUUCACCAAUGACAGUUUUCUUAUUUGUUUGUCCUGUUUUGCAAGCUCUUCAAAAUAACCAGUAAACAGGUUUUCCCUGCCUGUUACUCUCACAGGCGGUCCAUUUUAAAUGUGUUUUCCUGGCCGAGUGUGUGUGAGUGUCAGUGUGCAGCUUUCUUGAUCAGGGCUUCAGUGAUGGCUCCAGCAGUGGUGCUUAAAUAAGUAUUUUUUAGGUGCUUAUUUCAAUGCUUUAACCGCUACAUGCAAUCCCUAAAGGCCAAUUGAAAUCUAUUUAUAUUUAGAUAUAUUAAACACUGGUAAGUUUGACAUAAAUGUUUAAGACUUCAUUCUCCUUCUGUCUGACAGAUGCACUGCUUGUUUGAGAAGGUGAAUUACAAUUUCAAAAGAAUUAAUUAAAUAAUAUACAAUUCAAACUUGAGAUAUUUGCCUCAAGAAAAAACGUUUUUGAUUGGCUGUCUUAAUUUUCCAAAUAUUAGUGUCCUGUUUGAAGGUGUUUGGAGAAGUGAAAGUGUGAAACGGCCAUCCUUGAGUUUGAGCCAACUCUGAAACCGCAUUUUUGGCUGAAACACGCAGCGGUUUGCCUCACGUCAGCACAAUGUAACUGCAUAUUUUGUGUUUUGCUGUGGAUCCAGAAUGAGCGUGAUUCUGUUUCGUGGUGUCUCCUCUCCAACUACAGGCAUGCCGAGUCUAAAGCUGAUAUCUGCGACUGACACUCAGUAUUCAGCGGCUGUGCUGAAGUCAAUGAACGAGCAGAGGAACCAUGGAUUAUUUUGCGAUGUCACCAUCAUCAUACAGGACAAGAAAUUCAGGGCGCACAAAACCAUCCUGUCGGCCUCGAGUACGUACUUCCACCAGCUCUUCUCCGUCGCUGGACAAGUCAUCGAGUUAAACUUUAUCAGGGCAGAAAUCUUCGAGGAGAUUCUUAAUUACAUUUACAGCUCCAAGAUCGUCCGUGUCCGCUCUGACAUGCUCGAGGAGCUCAUAAAUGCUGGACAGAUACUGGGCGUGAAGUUCAUUGCAAACUUGGGGUUACCGCUGUCUCAAGUAAAAGGCUUACCUGGCCUGUCCAAAGAGACAGAGAGCAAAAUCGACACAUCCACAGAGAUGAUGCCCAUCAUCACAGAGUCCUUUUCGAUAUCUGCCGAGGAAUUCAAUCAGACAUGCAAGAGUGCCGACAAUGAUGAUGACUCAGACAGUGAUGUGUUGUUUGUCUCAAAAACAGAUGCUCAGACCAGAGCAGCCGAUCAGAAAUCGGAAGUAAUUGAUUUGGACGCAGCUGACGCAGGAAACGCAGCAACGAAGCAAAACCAGGAGCCGAAUCAUGAAGAUAAAAAAGGUGAGGAAAAAGUCAAAGCGCCCACAAACACAGAAGGUGAAAAGCCUCCCAACGACAAUUCCUCUUCUCAGAGUUUGCCACAGAGCAGCCCGGUUCCCGGCCCAGACGCCAGCACCAAUAACCCCUCCUCCCCUGCCAGAGGCGCCUCAGUAAGCGCACCCGCAACGCCGGCCAAGUCAAGUAGUUUCACCCCUGAGUCCUCUAGCACCUCACAGUCCUCCUCUGAUAACAGUGAUAUCAUGGGAGUCCACAAGAAGCAGGUCUCCACUACACCUCAGCAAGGAGACUUCAAAAUACGGCUUGUAGACGUGUCAUCCGGAGGCCAAGCCAAUGAAACUGACAUAUCCAAGUCAGUUAUAGCAGCGAAAAAGACAAUAACGCUAGAUAAGGCCUCAGAAAUUGACUCUAUUUCUUCAGGCUGUAAAGUUUAUGCCAAUAUCGGGGAAAACACUUAUGACAUUGUCCCAGUGAAAGAUGACCCAGGAGAGGGAGGGUCUAAAGUCAACAAAGGCAAAAGAGGCGUACUGCCCUUUGACAAAAACUCUCUGUCACCAAAAGCCGGCCCGAACAAGAAAAAGUCUAAAACAGAGCUCGAGGAUCACUAUGAGCUCAUCAUGGAUGGGAAGACGUUCUACGUGUGCGUCGUUUGCAAGCGUCCGUACGUAUGUCUGACGAGCCUCCGCCGUCACUUCAACACACACUCGUGGGAGAAGAAGUACCCGUGCCGCUACUGUGACAAAGUCUUUGCCCUGGCUGAGUACAGAACUAAGCACGAAAUCCACCACACAGGAGAGAGGAGGUACCAGUGCUUGCUGUGCAAUGAGACGUUCAUCAACUACCAGCUGCUCUCCACCCACUGCAAACAGGCCCACAACCAGGACCCCUGUGGGCGGAAGGAAAAGGACGAUGCGGACAACAACUUGUACCGCCUGCUUCCGUGUAAAACCCUGCAGCUGAAGUCCUACUCAUGGACUACCGACGAAACGGGGAUCCCCGUCGUCUCCGAGGAUGGCAGCGUGCAGCACAUAGCCCCCCCCGGCGAAGACAUCCACUCCGCCACUCAGAGCAAAAUGUUGAACUGGAACGACAUCUUUGUGGAGCCCGGUGCUCACAUGCAGCCUGGGGCCCACGCCCGCCCCGGGACGACCAUGAACCCUCCUCCCCAGGGAUCCUCUGAAUUUGACUUUGUUAUACCAGAGACCUACUGAGCAAGGUGGUGCACCCACUGCUCUGUUUUCUGUGCCUUUUUAAGUGGUUUCCCCCCUCCCCCGUUUUUUAAUUAUGUUUCUUGGGUCCAUUUCAACAGUACUGUCCUAAACUCUUCUUACUUUCAGCAAGCUUUUUUUUUUUUUUUUUUUUUUUAACACAAAUUCCAAUCAUUAAUCAAAAUAAGUCAAAAACAGACAAAUGUAAAAUGGUCAAAUAAGAUCAUAUCAAGUUAUACAAAAUCCUGUCUGUAAAAAACUGAAUUUUACGGAGAAACUUACAUAAUGGCUUAUUUUGCCAGUCGUGUUGGCUGGUUUUCCCAAGUAUAGGGGCACUUUAGUCUAUGGCUCCAACUCUGGAAGGAAAAUGUUAAAAUGGGAUGUUGAAAAAUAAUGUUCUGUCUCACAAUUUUUUUCACCUGUGAUGUCAGAAAAGUCAUAUUUUUCCCACGUAUUAACAUUUAGGCCUUGCUCGCUAAAGCAGUUAAUGCACUCUAACAGCAAGUCCCUUUCAGGUCCAUGUAAUCAAAGUACAUCUUUAUGUAUUUGUGAAAAUGUGAAAUCUCUGUUGAUAAUUCUGUGCAGAACCAGGUGGUCAAUUGGUAAAUGAAUGCUUUUGUACUUUAUGAAGAUUUAUAUAAAAUGGUUGUUUGCGCCCUGCAAUACAGUAAACUUUGGUUUUUGAAAUAUCAAAUCCAUCAUCAGUUAGGGAUCAGACUGAUACUUCACUAUACACAGUGUUUUUUCUGGACUCUGGCCAUACCUGCUUCCCAUUUGAAACCUUUAAUUAUGACUGUUAUUCCUUCCUUGUUUGAUCAAGAGAAGCAUCAGUUGUGUUCACAAAUUGUUAAGUGCGUGAUUGUUGGAUAUCCCACAUCUGGGUAUUGUUGCAGGAAAAUAUUUAAGUCUGAAUGGCUGUAGAAAACUGUCAUGCUAUCUUGUCCAUUCAGUGCCCUUUGGUUUAUUUUAAUAAUAAUGACCUGUACUUUGUUUAGUAUACUUUGUAAUUCCUUAUGCUGGCCAUAUUUGUUAUAUGAAAUCAAAAUUAUGUCAAUGCCAAAAUCUGCCUGCUGUUAACUAGGCUAAAGAGAUUGCUCAAAAAGGUGAUAGGAGUGACGUAAACUGAGUUAUUUCGGUCUGUACAGAUAGCACUUAGAGUGGGAUCAUGCAGCAGAGGACUAUUUUGUAAUAAUUUUACUUUUUCAUUCUGCUUUUGUUGUGUCUGAAUGUAGAUGUCAGUAUGAGUAAGCAAGUAGUGCUAACAUGUCAUUCAACAGUAUCUUACAUCAUGUCAUACAAUAAAAUCACUGCAGGUUUUGGUUUAACAAACAUUGACAUUUGGCGUGCAAUGUAUAUAUUUGUGCUUAAGACCUUUUUUACUUAAUUAUUUUAAAUUUUGAAACUUAUUUAUUAGGUCUUUAGUGCUAGAGUAAAUGAAAUAAAGUUGUGAAAAAUA